AUGACGGCCGGCGACGGCUACCAGGGCCACGGCAUCGCCCCGCACUACGCCAAGGGCCACGAAGUCCUCCACGUGGUCGACGACACGCCGGCCGUGACCCUGGGCGCCAUCUUCGGAGGCUUCGCCGGGCUCCUCCUCCAGGUCAUCGGCUACGGCGGCGUGGCCGAGACGGCGGCCGUGGCGGCUGCGACGGGACUCCCUGGUGCAGUCGGCGGCAUCGGGGCGUUCUUCUUCUCGGUCUUCAUCGGGGCGAACAUUGGUCGGGGCGCAGAGCUGCGGCGAGAGUGGACCGGGCAGGGCUUCGACGAGAGCUUGGCCUGGGCAGCGGCCGUGAAUAGUGACUCGGAGGGUACGCCGGAUGCAGCAGUGAAGGUCGAGGUCGCAGGCAAGGUAAAUAUAGUGGGCGGCUGGUGCUCAAAGGGUCCCGCAAGUGGGACGAGGUACGACCGAGACAUGGGCAUGAGCUGCUACGCGCUGCCCAUGGGCGCAGGCCAGACCUCGUGCGACCCGGAGUACUCCGUCUGCGUGCCCUCGUGCCUCGGCGGCUCGUGGUGCAAGAUGCCGGUGCCCCACGCCGGCACCUGCAGGUGCAAGUGCAGCCACCAGGUGGAGCCCGGCCAGACCGGAGAGCAGCCCAAAAGUUGCGUCCCGAUCGAGGGCCAGGACGCGGACACCGUGGCGGAGCAGAGCAGGCAGCAGAAGCUCACUGGCGAGUGCGAAGCAACCCCAGCGCCAACGUCGUUGUCAACAACAACAGAGGAGGAGGCCCGGAGCGGGCAGUGGCGGGUCCCCGGCGCGGCCGCGGCCCAGGUGCCCUGCACCUGCACGGCCGAGUGGGACCCCGUGUGUGGCGUGGACGGCCAGACGUACAGCAACCCCUGCGCGGCAGGCUGCGGCAACGCCACGGUCGCCGCUCGCGGGGAGUGCCCGAGCACCACCAGCGGCGCGCUGGCGGCAGCAGCUGCAUCCACGACCACCGCGGGCCCCUCCUCGAGCCCCGCCACGAGCUCGUCGCAGGCCGGCGAGUCGGACUGCGUCUGCACCGCGGAGUGGGACCCUGUGUGCGGUGCCGACGGCCAGACCUACGGCAACCCCUGUGCCGCAGGCUGCGAGGGCGCCGCCAUCGCCCACACCGGAGAGUGCCCAGCCGCCGCCGCCGGGGCGGCGGAAGCGGGCGGCGCGGGCGAAGGCGACUCCUCGGAGGCAGACCGGCCCGAGGACUCCACCAGCGAGGCAGACCAGCCCGAGGACACCACCAGCGAGGCAGACCAGCCCGAGGACACCACCAGCGGGGCAGACCAGCCCGAGGACACCACCAGCGAGGCCAGCACCACAGCGAGCCCUGGGAAGGACAUCGUUGUUCCUGUGGCGCUGCUGUGCAUCACCUCCCACGCCGACACUGGUAAAAAGGUGGCGGUGAAGGAGGUCGUCUUUGACAGCGCUGUUGCAGAUAUACAGUGGCUCGGGAGCGAUCAGAAGAUUGUCCUGGUGCAGACUGCCAAAGGCCGAUUGUACCGCAGCGUCAACAGUGGCGAGAAGUGGAAUGAUAUCACAGAUCAGCUGCGGACGAAGUCGGCUGAUCAGGGAGGCGGCGAGAGCAUAGUCAUCGACCACAUCACCAAGUGCCCCGCGGACCCCAGCACGGUGCUGGUGGCUGGCACGCAUCGAACUCAUUUUAUAUCCCAGAACGGUGGCGAGACGUUCAGGAGAGUGAAGCAGAAAGCACCAUUGAACGACAAUGAGCCGUGCAACCACAUGCUGUACAUCACCAAAGACCUAGGUAAGACGUUUCACCUCGUGACGAGUUACGUUGUGCAGUUCAGCUGGGGCGACGUCUCUCACGAGCAGCAGGACCGCAUCUACUAUACGCACUUCCGGGAGAAGAAGGGAGACCAACCGAAAUUGUAUGUUUGGUCGCAGGAUGUUGAUUUCUCAUACUCCGACGACGCUGGUAAGCACGAUUCGAAAUUGGUACACCAUGGAAACAAGUUCAUGGUCUCCCACAAAUUCAUUUUCGUGGCCAAGCUACAGGAUGCGAGCAAGCAAACCGUCAGCUUGAUGGUGAGUUCCGACGGCGGCAUCUCUUUCAGGCAAGCUAAGCUUCCCACGGACCUAGAAGAGAAAUCGUAUACGGUGCUCGACACUUCUGAAGGCGUGGUAAUGCUGCACGUGAACCACGGCUCCAAUAUUGGCAACGUCUACACAUCUGACAGAGAGGGCGUUCGUUACACGUUGUCGCUUCCCGACAACGUCCGAAGCAGCUCAGGCGACUGCGAGUUUGACAAGGUGUUAAGCCUCGAGGGCGUCUAUCUCGCCAAUCAGCAGAAGGGUGGCGGAGGGGCCACGAGUAAACAGGCCGCAGUGGUAGGGAAAUGGGCGGACGGCACCGAGGGUGAUUUCGACUAUUGGGCCAAAGUUCUUUGUAACCAGAGCCACCUGGGACCGACGUUCCUUGGUCACGACGCCGCGGAUGCGCGGCAGACUGCGACGAGGCACGGAGCCCCGUAG